CACCUCAUCUACAGAUGUGCAUUUUUCGUAGGUUGUCAGGUUUAUUUUGGGAGCAGGCAGUUUAAAGUACAUGUGUUGAAAGCUUGUAAGAAACAUACUUAGAAACACAGCGGAAAUAUAGAUACUACCUGGAAUAAAUAUGUAUAUUGUUUAAUGUUUCACAUGAUAACUGAAGAAAUGCAUCAGCAGUACCGGUGGACAAGAACAUACGUUAUAAAGACGGUUGUUUUAGCCGCCAUUCUACUGGUUAGUUUACAGUACCUUGUAAAUGUUGCCAUCUUCCGGCGAAAGGAGUCUAUAACUUUUCUUAAGCUGCUCGAUUCUUCUGUGGAAAACAUGUUGAACCAGACUGGACUUAAGUUUAAAGAGCGCAUUCACGACAGUGUUACAAAAAUGGAGAAACCAUUAGAAUUAUGCCCGGUAAUUCCACCAAAGCUAAAGGGGCAUAUAAAAGUGAAUGCUCAAGUUGCUGCCUGGGCUUAUAUUGAACAGGAGAAUGCCGUUCUGUCGCCUGGUGGACGUUACAAACCCACCCACUGUUUGGCAAGACACCGUGUGGCCAUUGUAGUACCUUACAGGGACAGGGAGAUUCAUCUAAAGAUUUUUUUGAAAAACAUUCAUCCGUUUUUACAAAGCCAGCAACUUGAUUACGGCAUCUUUGUUGUUGAAAUGGCGCAAGAUAUAAAGUUCAACCGAGCGUUGCUUAUGAAUGUUGGCUUUGUGGAGGCUAUGAAACAAUAUGACUAUCAGUGUUUUGUAUUUCACGACGUUGAUCUACUGCCAGAGGACGACCGUAAUCUUUACACAUGUCCGCAGUUUCCCCGACAUAUGUCUGUAGCUAUUGAUAGGCUGCAAUACAAAUUGCCAUAUUCUCAAAUAUUUGGAGGCGUUAGCGCCAUGACGACAGAACACUUCAAGAAAAUCAACGGAUUUUCUAACAUCUUUUUUGGAUGGGGAGGAGAGGAUGAUGAUAUGUAUAGAAGAAUAUUGUACAGUAAUCUUACAGUGAUCAGAUAUUCGCCGGAAGUAGCACGAUAUAAAAUGCUGAUUCAUGCAAAAGAUAACCAAAAUUCGGACAGAUUUAUGCUUUUAAGAACAGUUAAAGCAAGGCGGAAAACAGAUGGUAUAACAAGUCUAAAAUAUAAGAUUGAAAAAACAGAGCUCAGACCUUUAUACACAUGGAUUCUUGUUAGUGUAAACAUGACAGAAAUUCUGGAUGCGGAACCAAUCCACAAAUCAGCAUACAUGAAUCUGAGACGCAGUCAUCAACUGAAAAAGGUUGAAGUCGAUAAACCACAACACAAUAAUCUAGUUCAUAGAAAAGUUGUUCAAAAGGUGAAUCAAGGUAAAGUAGUCCAGUCGGCAGAUAAAAAGCAAAUUAAUGAAACAAAAAUAGCCCAACCUGAUGAUAAAACGGAAGUUAACCAAGAAAAAGUGGUACAGGUAGAUGAGGUUAAAAAGGGAGUGAACCAAGGAAAAGUAGUCCAGGUAGUUGAGGCUAAAGAGGAAGUGAACCAAGGAAAAGUAGUCCAGGCUGAUAAUGAAAACAAUAGAAAACAAGUUAGUGCCGCUGUUAAACAAGAGAAGUACAAUGUAGAUAAUAACAAUCCAGUUAAAACGAAAGAUUCGGUCUAUGAUGCUAAAGUAAAUGUGAAAAAGAAUCCAGUGAGCGUUCAAAAGCAACAACCGAAUGCUCCAAAACUAAAACUAACUAAUGGCUUAGCCAAACGUAAACGCAUAACAAUGGUUAGUUGGAUUCCAAGUGAGUUUAAUGGCAUUUUACCGACAAAUCUCACAAAAUUUGAACCACUACCUAUUAUUGUACCUGCGCAUACAUUAAAGAGAAAAGUUAAUAAACAUCAUCCUGCCAACAGACACCCUGAUAAGAAAAAAACAAUUAGAUAUAACGUGAACGCAGCAAAACGUGUUAAAAUUGGAACAAAACAUGGUCAGGACAAAAAAGUACUUCAACAUGCGAACACAGGUGAUAAAAGUAAUGGAGUUCAAGGUCACAAUAUAAAUAUCCACAAUUUACAUGAUGCUACUUCUAAAGACGUUCCUAAAAAAAUAGAUGAGAGAAUUCAAGAUAAUAAAGCUGUGAGAUAGCAGAGCUUCACCAAAUAGGAAAUGUCUUUAAAUGUUAAUCUAUUGACAGCAUAAUUAAUAUCAGAUAAGAAAAUACACCACGCCAGUAUUAGUUUGAAGGCCAGAAGACAGAGAGAAGUUUCAUUAAGUAUAACAUCAGAAAAUAAAGGCAUCAGUUGACGGUU